AACAUGCAAACAGCGCAGUCGUUUCGCCUUUUUCGCUCUUCUGAUUGCUAGCUGUGCUAGCCUCGCUGUAGCGCAGCUUCCAUAAACAAGCCAUCGAGGCGCCUCUAAAAAUGAGUGCUGUUUUAAAUCAUGUUAGACGAUUGCUACGUUCAGUGUGGCAUAGCAGUAUUGGUUCACGAAUUAUCUCGACAGCAACUUCCGCGCGAGGAGACACCGCGGGGAUAAUAGUUAUUGGGGACGAAAUUCUGAGAGGUGACAUCGCGGACAUGAACGUCCAUCACCUUUGUUCGCAACUGCGGGAGGUUGGAAUCAGCGUGGAAAAAGUAUCUAUCAUUCCCGAUAGCGUCGACGUCAUCGCAGAAGAGGUCAAGCAGUUCUCGACAUCUUACCGCUAUGUCUUCACAUCAGGGGGCGUGGGACCCACUCACGACGAUGUAACGUACGAAGGUAUUGCCAAGGCCCUAGGCGAAGGUGUCUACGUCAACGCUGGCAUUCUCGAAGCGUUCCAAGUGUUCUACGGAAAACGUGACGAUGAUAACAGCGGUGCCGUAGAAAAGUUUGCAACCGUGCCAGAGUCUUCGGAGGUACUGUACGGAUAUCUUAAGAGGCCAGGACGAACCAUCAGGUUGCCUUUAGUUCGAGCUGGAAACGUCUACAUUCUCCCCGGGGUUCCAAAAGCGUUGAUCGCACUUUUCCCUUUGUUCCUUAAAGACGCCGAACGGGUUCCCCUCGCAAGAUUUAAAAUGGACGAACUCUUCCUGAAAACUGACGAACUCAGUAUUACAGCACUGUUGAACAAGGCUGUUGACAAGUUUCGGGACAAAGUAAAAUUCGGCUCCUACCCCGAAUUGGACAGCAAUUAUUUUCGUGUGCGUCUCGUACUUGAAGCGCAAGAUGCCUCCGAUAUCGAGAACGCAAAAUCUUUUCUCCUGGCCAACCUGCCGAAGGAUUCAGUCGCGAAGUUUGACCGCCGGCCACUUGAGGAUGCCUGGGCUAAGCUGGACGCUACCUUCGGCAAGAAACCGCACGUCAUUGAUGCAGUCAGGGUCGUCGAAGAAGCAAUCUCGACGUACACCGCGGAGGGCAUCUGCAUUGGCUUCAGCGGGGGGAAGGACUGCACCGUAAUUUUGCACGUACUUUACGCCGUACUACGGAAAACGUACGGGAAGGACACGCCCAAAAUACAUUGCUUCUACAUGAGCCGCGGGACUGUUUGGCCAGAAAUUAAGGUUUUCAUCGAACGCACUGCCCAGGUCUACAACCUCGACCUCAAUAUUGUCUCAGGAUUUGAUUACAAGGUGGCAAUGCAGCAGUACCUGGACGGCCACCCCACUGUCCAAGCAUUUCUUCUUGGUAACAGGUCCACAGACCCGUCGGGCCCCAGCCUGAAGCACUUCAAGGUUACGGAUCCGGAUUGGCCGAAAGCAAUGCGAGUGUUUCCAGUGCUGAAUUGGUCGUACAAGGAGGUGUGGGAAUUCAUCCUUGCCCUUAGCCUUCCGUAUUGCUCACUCUACGACCAGGGAUUUUCGUCGAUCGGCGACAGCGACGUCCCCAACGAAGCCCUCGUGUACGUGAAUGACAGGGGUGUGAAGAGAUUCAAGCCCGCCUACCUUCUCGAAGAUGAUUCGUUAGAAAGAUGUGGUAGGGAGUAACUACGAGGGCCCUGUGAAUGUUUAGUUUUAUUUACACACGCUCAAUAUUUGUGGUCCUAGGUUUUUCCCAGGCGACGUAUCUUUCAUCCUAGCAGCAUUCCUGUUUUGUGCUCACAUUGCCCCUGUGCUUGUGUAUUCCUUGCAAAGCAUGGCAUGGUUUUUUGUGGGUUUUUGCAAGUCACUCCUUUUUUUUCGGACAUGUGAACAUCGCACUAAACUGACGGGUAUAAGUAUUUAGUAGUCACAGCCUGCCUUAUUUGUAUUUGUCGCGGAGUAGGCUGCACUUUUUUUGUGAAAACUUCUUCCUGAACACAUCUGGUGCAAUAGAUACUGAUGGCAACCUGUUCUGAACCUGUGUACUGUGAUAUGCCCAAUUGAUAUGAGCCUUGCUCUGAGUGAACUUACUGCCUGAACAUUUGCAUACCAUCGGAUUGCAUAUUGUAGUAACUGCCGUACACUUGUUAAAAGUCGCAAGAUAUGGUCAUUCCAUACAGCAGUCUUAGAGACCCAUCGUUACAAAUGUUCACUUCACCUGGAUGCUUAAGCAUGAAGAGUUAAGUACAGGCACAGUAUUUUUAAGAGUAGUCUUUGUCAGUCUCCUAUAGAUUAGAGUUUGGGCUUUUGAGGUGUCCUAACAAACUAUGGUUUUACUGAAUAAAUUAUAUGUAAAUUUU